AUUUGAAAACGAAUCUAGCUAUUGAACGUCUUAGGUUUUGUUUUUUGAGAAAUAUUAUCUUUUGAAUAUGUAGUCUAGGAUUGUUUCUGGUAUGUACAUAAUUUUCUGAAUUAUCAUUUCAUCAGUUAAUAGACUCAACAAAUUGUUACUCCUCGUGGUUCAUGUCAUAGUUUCUAUAUUAAUCUAUAUGAUCCAUAUACACCUGAUUAUUUGAAAGUGGAAUAUAAAAAAGUGAAUAUCAAAAAGCCUUCAAAACUUUCAUGGAAAUAUAAGUUACUGGACGUAAAGUUGUACCUCACCAAAUGUCUGAUUAAUUUAUUGUUCAAUUAAAAUGAUACUGAAGACUUGUGUAGAAUCAUUGGGCUACUUAAUAAAGUACGGCUGCUUGCUACAUUGUACAUUUGAAUAUGUUGGAAACUUGGUCGUGGUAAGAUAUUCCUAUUGCUCUGGUCCUUCCAUGGAGCCCACAAUACAUUCUGAGGAUAUUCUGGUCACUGAGCAUAUUUCACCACUGAAACAAACUAUCAGAAAGGGUGACAUAGUUAUAGCUAAAUGUCCCACCAACCCCAAACAAUAUAUCUGCAAGAGAGUUACAGGGCUUCCUGGGGAUAAAAUAAGAAUCGGAUUUGCAUCAUUCAAGACAGUUCCUGGUGGUCAUGUGUGGUUGGAAGGAGAUAAUAUAAGUAAUUCCUCUGAUAGUAGGGUUUAUGGACCAGUGCCUCAAGGUCUGAUAUUGAGUCGAGCAAUUUGUAAAGUGUGGCCCCCAAAAGAAUUUUCAGUAUUGAUUUAAUCCUUGAUUGUGAGUUUUUCAUAUUGUAUAUAUCUCAUUAAUCUAGAGAGUUGGGAAGAAAUUGAUAGUUUUAGGAUAUUUGUGAUUUUAUUGAAGUUUCAUAUCAAAACUCUGAAAUUUGUUGUUUAUCUUCUGAUUCAAUAAAACUUUUAUAACAUA